GGUGGAGUUUCCGGACCGGGGAGGCGACUUCGAGGUGAUGGACGUACCCGAUGCCGGCGGCGUCUACCCCCCUGCCGAGCUCUGCUCCGACCGUCAGGCCAGCUCCUCGCCGGGCGCCGGGCUCGAUAAACAGCAGCUCUAUGAGUCGCCGUGCUCGCCCGACCGACAAUUCUGCAGCUCCACCACACUCGGCGAGGGCGGCAUCCAGUAUGAGGUGCGUGGCGAGGAUGACGCCCCGAAGCGGACCUGCCUGGUGUGCGGAGACGUCGCCAGCGGCUUCCACUAUGGCGUGGCCAGCUGCGAGGCCUGCAAGGCCUUCUUCAAACGCACCAUACAGGGCAAUAUCGAGUACACUUGUCCGGCCAAUAACGACUGCGAGAUCAACAAAAGGCGGCGGAAGGCGUGCCAGGCGUGCAGGUUUCAGAAGUGUCUGACCGUGGGGAUGCUGAAGGAGGGCGUUCGGCUGGACCGGGUGCGGGGAGGCCGACAGAAGUAUCGCCGCAACCCCGAGCCGCCCUACCAGCUGCACACCGUCCAGGCCAAGAAACCGUCGCUCGAAGAGAACACGCUGCUGCGCCACCUCAUGAAGUACGAGCCGCCGAUGCCGAGCAUGCCGCUGGACCGCUCCAUUCCGGACGUCGAGUACCGCACCGUCUCGGCGCUGGCCUGUCUGUUCGACAAGGAGCUGGGCAACUUCAUCGGAUGGGCCAAACAGCUGCCGGGUUUCGGCAACCUGGUGCUCAACGACCAGAUGAACCUGCUGCAGAGCUCGUGGGUGGAGGUGCUGACGCUGUGCUUCGCCUUCCGCUCGCUGUCGGAGGGCGGCGGAGGGGGCGGCGGUGACGCCAGUCCGCCGGCGCGUGCCCAGCUCACGUUCGCCAGGGACCUGACCAUUGAGGAGAAGGUGGCCAGGGACUGCGGCCUCGAGCAAGUCUUCUUCCAGUACCUGCGCGUGGUGGAGCGUCUGCAGCCGCUCUCCAUCACCGAACAAGAGUACGUGCUGCUGCGGGCGCUGGUGCUGGUCAACUGCGACAUUGCCGUGGAGAACGCGCCGCUGGUCCGCAGCAUGCGCGAUACCCUGAUGCAGAGCCUGGCCGACUGUGUGGCCGCCAUCAGGCCCGCCAGCGGCGCUGCCAGCCACACUCAGCAGCUGCUGCUCUGUCUGCCCGUGCUGAGACAGGUCGACCCGGUGGUCAAACAGUUCUGGAUCAACACGCGCCAGGACGGCAAGAUCCACAUGGACAAACUGUUCAUUGAGAUGCUGCAGUCGCAGGCGCGAUAGUGGCGCCCCUGGCGGCGGCCGGCGGAAACUCGCGGGCCCGGCGCUCGGCGCUGCUGUCUGCCGUGGGCCGCGGGGUGGUGCCAGGUCGCGCUGUGUGACCUCCAGUGACCUGUGGUGACAUUGGCGUGCCCCGAUCGGCCGCGGGAGCCGGCGGCAUGUGGGAGCUUCUCUCACCGCUCUGUGGACCCAGUCCAGUGCCACUUCUGUGAUGGAGUACAGCUACGUGAAGAGAGAGUGGGGAGCGGGAGAGAGGGAGAGGGAGGGAGCGACGCGGCCGGCAGGGCUGCCGAAGCCACGGCGCUUCAAUAGCUCUUCCCUUUUCUAAGAUCUUUUAGUAACACACUCUGGCAUUAUGGAUUGUUUCUAGCCAAAUCUUGUUUUGUAUAUUCCAUAGUCGUAUACGUUUUACAGUGCUGCGUUUUUAGUUGUUCCAUGGAUCCGACUGGGCAUUUGUAUCUUGUCAGGUGGGCGGGACCCAUAGUUGUCACAGUGCGCGCGCGGGUGUGUGAUCCAUUUGUACGCUGUGUGUUUGUGGUUGUCUGUGUCACGCGCGACCGGGAGCGCCGGUACGCCAGCGGAUGCCUGCUCCGAUGUCUGAGUGGCGAGCGCGUGCAGGCAUCGUAACGGCGUCGCCUUGGCCGCAGGGCCGACCGCACUGAGUGAGGCGCGCGGCAGGUUCAGGGUAGACCGAUGUGCCGCGAUCGGCGGCCAUGGCGCCCCCUCCUCGCGACGAGGCGGAGCGGCAAUCCGUCGGAGUAGCAUAGUCAUUUCAUACCGACCGGUGUGCGUGAUGAGCGAGUGGUAUGUCGGUUUACGCUGGCGCGUCUCACGGCCAGCUGAUGAGUCAUUUUUGGAGCGCGAGUGACGGCGAGUGCGAGUCAUUUUUUCGGCGGGCGCGGAGUGGACGUGGCGGUGGCGAGUUGGUCGGUGCCUGGCGCCCCCUGGAACCCUCGCGCCUCUGGGACCAAGUCGGUGGUCAGCGGCCGGCGCCCGGCGCCCCAGUCAGUGGUCAACCGCAGCGCGGACGGCGCCCCCGGCCGGCGCCCAGCCUUCUAUCUCCCGGUGUCGCCACGUACCCUAAGUGGCGGCCGCGGCACCGCGCGCCCCGCCUCCCCUCUGACAGAUCAGCACUCAGGCUCGGACGGCGCCCCGUUCUGUUUUGUUUUUCGACUCCCGAAUCUUUAGCGAGUCUGUUGAGUUUCUGGACGGCAAUUGUUUAUCUUGUUUUAGUGCACCUGACCGCUGGUGUCUGGCCAUGGUUCGGCCGUCGUGUCUGGCGGCCAGCUUCUGUUUUAUUAUUUAGCGCUGCGGCCGGUGUGUAUGCCGCAUCCAGCGCGUUUGUUAGAUUCCCGGCUGGCGAGCGGGUAACUGGGAGAGGCUCCCGGGCCGCUGGGCCCCCCUCUAGGCGCUCUUCUAUGCAGUGCGGGGGACCGGUGGUGCUCAGCGCCGCCCGGGUUAGGGCCCGGCCAGGAGCUGGCCCCCCGUGUGUACCCGCCUAUGCAUUCAGCCGCUCCGGCGGCGGGCUGUCGAGUGUGAUGGCUGCGCGAGCAGUGCGCGGCCCCCCGCCUCUCCCUCGCCGCCCCGCUCGCCACUCGGUCGGAGGUGAUACGUUACACUCUGUCAGCUAUGGCUCGUUCCCGCUGAGUUGUUUUUCCAGUCCGAGCCGCUCUGCCGACCGUCCAGGUUGUUGAGUUCAUCCUUCAUUUGUUGGAUUAUCUGCCGCUCUGUCUCGGUUCUCCCUCCCUCUCUCCCCGUCCCCUCCCUUCACUCUCCAUUCCUGUAUGUGUGAGUCAACUCUGUCCAGUACAAACUUUUUUGUAUUUAAGCGUCUACCGGGGUGUCCUAUGCAGGCGGGCAUAUUGGUGUUGGGUGUUUGAUUAUCUGUCCCUCUCUGUCUGUCUGUCUGUCUGUCCGUCUGUUCGUCUGCCUGCAUGCUAGCGUGGGUCGCGCGCCGCCAUCUCCCCAGCCUUUGGGAAGAGGGUGCGGAACGGGCGGCCUGGAAUAUCAUGUGUGCGUGUUUUGGUACUUGAGUGUUCAUUGAGUGUUCGGAGGUCGAAUCUGAAUUUGAAAUGCGUGCGA